AUGGGCGCCCAGAGCAAUACCGACGCGGCCGAGGCGGGCUCCGCCGACAAGAGUGCCGGCCACGAGGUCGCCGACGUGCUCGAAGAGGGCCAGGACGUCUCAUGGACGUGGGGCGGCGGGACCGCCACGGGCAAGGUCGCCGCGGUCGUGGAGGAAGGCUCGGCGCGGGUGACGAGCGACAAGGGCAACACUGCGAUCCGCCACGCCAGAGAGGGAGACCCCGCUGUUGAGAUCACAAGGGACGGGAACGAUGUUGUGAAGCUCGCGCACGAGUUGAACGAGGUCGAGGACGCUGCUGAAAUGCCGUCGCGGCGGGUUUGCAAGUUAGCGCGAGUUAUUUGUUACGAGAUUGACGGUACCAAAUUGACGGCCAUGAAGCGCUACACCGAAGUGUGCACGAUAAGCAUCCCAGGCCUCCCGUCUUCCUCCUGUAUCAACAGACUAUGUGAGGCGAACCGCCAACGCCAGGGUCCUGUGCUCAAGCUCAAGGAUGAGUAA